AAAGACUUCUGCCAUUGACCAUUAAUUAUCGUGGAAAUGAAAAAAAAAACACCGCUCAAAAGUCAAAACUGCCAAAACAAGAAAACUGAAUUAAAAUAUCCAGUUUUUUUAUGCAUUUCCUGAAAUGGGCGGGCAAAAGGUUUGACAAAAACAUUGUUGCGUAUAUAUUAAAAGUACAAAACUAAAUAUGAAUCCAGCGAAGAAACUGCUCAAGUUUGUACGGCUAACUCAACCGAGAAGAAAUUUGGUCGAAAUAGCAAAUAGAAAAUACCUCCCUGGCUCAACCAGUUCGACUUUCCCAAAAAAUCUAAAUCCACCGAGAGAGAAUUUUCCGUUUGUCGUUUCAGCGAAAGAUGUUGGAAUUUCUGAUCACGCGACCGCGAGUGAAUGUGCUAAAAUUUGCAAGACGAAUUUCGGAGAAAUCUUAAAUGAACAUGGUGCUGUAUUAUUCCGCGAUUUUCCGAUCAAUGGAAAUCAGGAUUUUAACGAUUUUUUCAACGGGUUGGGGAAGUUCAACGCCAUGGAUUACAUCGGGGGGGCUGCCCCUAGACAAGUAGUUGGGAAAGAUGUUUACACCGCUAGCGAUGAGCCCCCAGGUAUAACCAUUGAAGGUCAUAAUGAAAUGGCAUAUAUGCCCAAGUGGCCAGAUGUGCUGUUGUUUUACUGCGAUAAACCAGCUGGUCCAGGAUGUGGUGGAGAGACCGUAAUCAUCAGAAAUAGAGACAUCCUGAAGAACCUUGAUGCAGAAAUUGUGGGAACAUUUGCAAAGCUUGGCAUUUAUUACAACUACCACUGGGCAGAUAAGAGCCUCGAGAAGUACAAGUCGUGGCAAGAGGUUUUUCAAACCGAAGAUCGAAGUAAGGUGGUAGAAUUCCUUGAUAGCAUUGGUGCAGAUUAUGAAUGGGAAAAAAAUGGAUCAUUGAUCUUUGGUUAUGGUAGACCUGCAAUGAUUAAUUUCAAAGGGGAACUUGUCUGGUUCAAUCAUAUUACUCGUAAACAUGCAUCAGCAUGGAAAUACAAUCACCCAUUCUGGGAGCAGUUCACUGAUCUACCCUUUCAUAAGUUCCCAACUCAUUCCCUUUAUGGUGACAUGAGUGAAAUACCUGAAGAGUAUGUGCAACACAUCCGCGAAGUGACAUGGCAGGUUGCUGUUGGGUUUCAACUGGAGAAAGGGGAUGUAAUUGCAUUGGACAACCAUCUUGUGCAGCACUCACGACUUAGUUUUACCGGAGAGAGAAAACUUAUGGUUGCUAUGUUACAGCAUGCUGAAUGAUUUUGACAUUAUGGGAUUGACAAUUGGUUGAGAAUUUUAAAAACCUCUCAAUGAACAAGGCUCAAAGCCUCAAACUAAUUUAUUACUAAUGUAAUUUAAUAAUGCAGAGCAUCUGAAGUAUUCUUUGGUAUGACCAUAUGGUAUGACAUUCCGAUUAUCCAAACAUUUUAAACAGUUAUAUGGAUUUGUCAUGCCACAAGUAUU